UCCUGCUGUGAUGCUCUGAAUGCGGCUGAAACUUGUGUCCUACGGUCCAUCACCACCUAGAUCUGCCCCGAGGCGGGGUUCUUGGGAGCUCGAUGAGCAGCCAGGGAUUCGGUCCGGGGAGCCCCAAGUCCUUCCGCUACCCUAGAGCCGACUACGAUCUCGAGUCCGGGAUCCCCCGCAAGCCCCGCAAGCCCAAGAACUCGCAUCUCGACGCCCCCGCGCCCCUAAGCUCCGCGCUCAUGAAGAUCCGCUACUUCUACGAGGCGCACCCCGUCGCGGUCGCCCUCAUCCUGCUCUCCUUCGGCCUCAGCGUCCUCAUCCUCCUGUCCGUGUACGAGACCCGGUUCAGGACGAUGCGGGCCGGCGGCGGUGAGGUCGGGGCCUACCCAUUUCCGGCCCUCCGCAACCUCGUCAUGGUGGCCGGCCAUUCGGUUUACACCAGCGCCAGCUGCGGGAAGCUGGACCGCGAGGAUUCCUGGUUCUUGGAGCCGUACCAGAGGCACCCCGGCCAGGCAGCCACGUUCUUGGAGCAUAUCAAGGAGGGCGUGGAGAUCGCGGCGCGGGAUCAGGACGCGCUCCUGCUGUUUAGCGGCGGGGAGACGAGGAAAGAUGCAGGGCCGAGGAGCGAGGCGCAGAGUUACUGGGCUAUUGCAGAAUCGAAAGGCUGGUAUGGAAAUGAUGAUAGUGUAAGGAGCCGGGCACUCACCGAGGAGCAUGCACGAGAUAGUUUUGAAAAUCUCCUAUUUAGCGUUUGCCGUUUCAGAGAACUCACUGGAACAUAUCCACAAAAUAUAACUGUCGUAAGCUAUGACUUUAAAGAAGAAAGGUUCGCACAAUUGCAUCGAUCUGCACUUGGAUUCCCAGAAGGAAGGUUCUUCUUCUCAGGCACCCCAGCUACACCUGCAGCAAAGGAGGCAGCUUUGAAAGGUGAAGCCUCUGUCAGGUCUCAGUUCCAAGAAGAUCCAUAUGGAUGCCUUGGUUCUCUUCGUGUAAAGAAGCUCAAGAGAGACCCAUUUCACCGUACCAUUCCAUACCCCAAUGGCUGCCCUGAAUUGAAGGGUUUGUUCUCCUAUUGUGGUAUGGUGCCAUACACUGGGAACCUUCCUUGGACUAACUAGCGGAGAAGGACACAAUGUUUGGAUCAAACUUCUACCCUCACUGUAAAAUCCAAGCAUUCUUGUUUUGCCCCAGAUUCUAAGCUGACAUAAUAGAUAUUCCAAAUUCCUUUCUUAUGUGCGAGGGAGAAGAAGAUCUAAGCUACACUAGUUAGAUUGUUUUCGGAAUGGAAUCAGAUCACAUGUUCAGUAUAUAUAGUUUUUUUUCUUCUUUUACUUCUAUGAGGUCUCCACUGAAAACUGUGAAUUUGUUCGUACACAUGCUCUGUACAACUAGCAGUAGAAGCAAUGAAUUUAGAGAUUGUAAUUGCAGCUUGAACUGCAUCCAUGGUAAACUGGAAAUCUCAUGGACAUGUAUGAAUAUGAUAUCCUGGUAUUCUUCCAAGUCUAAAUGAGGGUUUUUGAUUUU